AUGCAAAUUAUGUUACAUUUAAUGGCAGUUCACCCUUACGACCAAGAGACCGUCACAACACCUGUUAAAAGUUUCCUCGAACGACAGCGCUAUGUUGCAGGGCAGAACGCAAAUGAAGUCGUGGCAGCAGGUGCCACCCCAGUGCCACCCGGCGGCGAGCCCCUCUACGCGUGCCAGGUGUGCGGCAAGAAGUUCCCCUUCCCUUCGCACCUGACGCGGCACCUCCGGACGCACACGGGCGAGCGGCCCUACGCCUGCCCGCUCUGCCCCCACCGCUUCGUGCAGAAGGUCCACCUCAAGAGCCACUAUCGCUCGCAUCAUGUCGGCGGUCGGAGGCCUCCGGGGGGGCAGGGGGCAGGAGGGCAGGGUGAAGUAAAAUAUAAAGUUAUAUCAAGCGAGUAUUCUAGUGUGAAUUGGGUCCAAUGUAUUCAGUAA